CUCUCUUUUCUCUCCCAGCAUCAAGAUGAAGUUUGCAAGGAUGCUGGAGAUCUUCCCAGUUCUAGCCAUCCUUACAGGCCACAUCAGCUGUGUUGUGGUGACCGUCCCUGAGAAGACAGUGAAUGUCACCACGGGUGGAAACGCAACCCUGCUCUGUACAUACACAAGUUCUGAACCACUGGAAAAUUUCUUUAUUCAGUGGAGCUUUUACAGUGCCAAAGAGAGCCAACUUCACACACGUUCCCCGUGUCGUGGUAUUCUGAGUAUGGAUGAAAAGUCAGUCAAUGAGUGUCAAAAGAUGGUGUAUGUCACAGAUGCACGGGGAAGAUGUAGCUGGAGAUACAAGAUAUAUUAUUAUUCAGAAGGCCAGUCUUACUCCUAUGGAGAGUUUAAGAACAGGAUAACAGCUGCAACGGGUCCAGGGAAUGCCUCAAUAACAAUCUCCAACAUGCAGCCCUCUGACACCGGGUCCUACACCUGUGAAGUUUUCAGCCCACAGGGUGAUGCUGGACAGAGCCAAAAAUCUGUGAUUGUCAGUGUGCUGGUCAAACCCUCACAACCUUUCUGCAAAAUAGAAGGCGUGCCUGAAAAAGGCCAUCUGAUCUACCUCUUAUGCAGAUGUGAAGAAGGACUGCCUCACCCUACCUACCACUGGUACAAAGUGGAUGGGAACUCCCUCAAACCUGUGACUGAACAGCCAAAUCCAGCCACGGGUGUUCUUUACCUUGGCAAUCUCACCACCUUUGAAACUGGGUACUACAGGUGUGUAGCCAGCAACCUCCUGGGGAACAGCACCUGUGAGCUUGACCUGACUGCAAAACAUUCAGAUGGUGGUAUUAUUGCUGCAGCAUUAAUUGGAGCAAUUCUGGCAGCUGCUAUAAUUUGCAUUAUUGUCUGGGUCUUAACCAAGAAGGCAAAGAAUAAGAAGUCAUCGAGUAAUGAGAUGCAAGAAAUGACUCAGAAACAGUCCAAUGCAGAGUAUGUUCAGGUACCUAAUGAAGACAACAUCCCUGUGACCACAGUUCCACCAAGCAAUGCAACAGCUGAAUACCCAAGUGGCGAUGGAACUGCAGCCCCCGGGACACCUGACAGUGAGGAGAAGCAAGAAUUGGGAAAAGAAGAAAUAGCCUAGAGUUUUAAUACAGUUUUCCUUGACAGCUUUGGACCCCUUUAAACAAAAAUUGUUGUCAUUGAACUAAUAUAGAAGCAUGACUACAUACAUAGGCAUUUGUAUUGUGAACUACUGGGCUGGAGAUGGAAACACAUGAACUUUGUGAAUAGCAGAUUUGGCUUUUAAAGUUAAACACAUUUCAUUUAUGUUCUAGUUAUUAUUAUACAUAAGUAUAAAAAAGACUUUCAUCCACAUUUGUCCAACCUAUUUUGCAAAGUUAGGAAGUGGGCUGAAACACUUAACAAAAUAAGAGCUUUCCAGUCAAUUAUCUGUAAAGCUGUAUGUGUCCAUCCAGUUCUGAACCACAGCAGUCUUCUCCAGAAGCAGUUUUGGCCAACCUCAUGUUCCCUGUGCACCCAGAACAACCAUCGUGGCCAAUACCCUGCAGUCUUUAAAGGAACUGAUUUUGCAUGUCAAAAGUAAAAUGAAGUUUCAUCAAUGUUAUUAGAAUGGAGAAUCAGAUGUUAAGUAAGAUGACAUGCAGACACAGCUGCUUCCAAAACUUAGAAUACUGCCUACCCUACAACAAGAUUUCAUUGAUUCCUGUGCUGAUUUAAAUCUAUUUCCAGGCAACUGUCCU